AUGGCAGCCAGCAUCAAGCGGGCGGCGCAGCAGCACGGCUGCGAAGCUACUGUCCACUGUGUGGAUAUCUCCAGGCAAGCACGGGUGGACCUUGCUACGUCCAAGGUGCGCAACUUCUACCUGCAACAGCUACGCGACGGGCUGUAUGAUGCGGUGCUGCUGUCACCUCCGUGCUCUUCCUUCUCACGAGCUGUGUGGGCUAACUUUAGAGGGCCCAGACCAGUGCGCAGCUCCCUCUUCCCGCGAGGUUACAAGAAGCUCACAGCAGUCGAGCGAGAUAAAGCGAUUCUGGGGACGCUGUUCGCAGACUUUGCAGGGGAGGUCGCGCUACUUGUGGCGCAAGGUGUAGCUACCUUCCUUGCCUUCGAGCAGCGCGAGGACUUGGGGGCGCUAAAGAAGGGACCUCACCGUGGUCAGCGGCCAGCAUCCAUGUGGCAAUGGCCGCAGCUACACCACGCCCUGGAGAAGGGGCUGCGCACCGUGGCUUUUCACCAAGCUAGUUUUGGCGUUCCCUUCCCUAAGCCCACCCGUCUUUUGUUGAAGUAUAAUGGCCCGCUACCAAGUUUUGUUUUUGAGGGUAGGCCGACAUUCGCAGAUGACGGGAGCUACGAAGGGCCCCUCCCAGCACCGUCAGAGCAUCGCUACCUCGGGGACAGAGCUAUGCUAUGCCGCUGGCUGGCAGAGAUCUUGGUGAGCACCUGUUCGGCUACGGCUCCGCCUACGACUUCGUCUGGGAGGCUACAGGUGCCUACCAAGAAGGACCUCAGCUACGUCACCAACGAGCCGGAAGGCCCGAGAACGGUAGGAGGCGUGGGAGAUCCGAGGACCUUCCGCAUGGCGACGGGAGGUGAGGAAGGAUGCUACACAAGGAGUUGCAUGAGGCAGAUGUGGCGUACCUGGCUGGAGAAAAGGGGCAUCCGAGACGAGAAGCUACUGACGGUCACGGAGGGACAACCCUUGUACCUCCGGCUGCUAAGAGCCCUCCUGGAGGCAGCUGGGGACCCCGAUAGGGAGUUUCUUCUUCGUGCGGAAGAAGGGCUACCUGUGGGGAUCCUGGAACCGCUGCCGCGGACACCACAUGUGUGCGAGGAGCAGUCGAAGUGGGCGCUAGAGAACGAACCCUGGGAAGAGUCACAGGCCUGGGUCCCGAACUACUCCUCGCAAAAAGAGCAUGCCGACUUUGUCAGAACUAAGUUCGACGAGGAUGUAGAGGAGGGGCUAAUGGAGAAGAUGACCCUGGGUGAGUUCAAGCGCCGCUACGGAGAGCACCAGGCUAUCGCUGUCUUGGCGGUUAUCGUGGAAGAUGAGGCUACCGGCAAGAAGAGGGUGAUCCACGACGCUACCCAUGGAGUGAGGGUGAAUCACCGCGUCCUAUGCCGAGACAAACUCAGAGCCCCAGGCGCUCGGGAGAAGAAGCAGCUACUCCGCGAAUUCCAGGCAUCAGGGAUAGUCGCCUUCUCGGUGGCAGGUGACAUCCAGGGUCUCAAAGGCUUACGCUUCCACUACUGCGCACCUGGCAGCAUUCUCGUGUAA